CCCUGGGGAAGAGGACCCCUUCUCCUUCAGCUGCAGAUAUAAGUUCCCGCCUCCCAGCCUCAGCCCAGAGCAAGCAGCUACUCACACCAUGAAGCUCAGCCGCCUCCUUGCCCUUUGCCUCGCCCUCUGCCUGGUGGGCUUGGCCAGCUCAAGAAAGACCUCAGCCAAUCUUCAGCAAGAGGCUUCCCAGGAGUUGUUCCAAACUCCCCCUGCCCUCUGCCAGCUCCCCCCAGUGAGGGGUCCUUGCAAAGCCUCUUUGCACCGAUACUUCUACAACUCUACAUCCAUUGAGUGUGAGCCCUUUACCUAUGGUGGUUGUCAGGGCAAUGCCAACAAUUUUGAGACCACAGAGAUCUGUUUGAGGGUCUGCAACCCCCCUGAGAGCAAGGUCAAGAGCAGCUGAAGGUGAUAUCUGCAUGUUCCCAGGCCUUGACCGAAAGCUGG